AUUGCCAAAUUAGUCUUCCAUUUCCAGUUUCAGCUGACGUUUUUUUUUGUUUUCUAUGUUCCAAUCCAUGUUCAUUUUCUGUUCUUUCUCCAUUGCUGCCAAGAAGAAGCUCCAUAAAACGCUGUCGUUCUGUUCUUCACACUCUUAGCAGGAAAAUAUAUUCAUUUUGAAGCAUAGGAAUGGCAACACUGAGUGACAUAGGCGUCGGGGCAGCAAUCAACAUCCUGAGUGCAUUUGCCUUCUUGGUGGCAUUUGCCAUUCUCAGAAUACAACCUGUCAAUGAUAGGGUAUACUUCCCAAAGUGGUAUCUAAAGGGGCUAAGGAACAGCCCCUUGCACUCCGGGGCGCUUGUACGCAGGUUUGUCAACUUGGACUUCCAUUCCUACUUGAGGUUUCUUAACUGGAUGCCCGCUGCACUGCAAAUGCCACAGGCUGAGCUCAUUGACCAUGCCGGAUUAGAUUCUGCUGUUUAUUUGAGGAUUUACUUAACAGGGCUUAAGAUAUUUGUUCCUGUUGCUAUCGUCGCUUUGACAGUCAUGGUUCCAGUUAAUUGGACAAAUCGCACGUUGGAGGAAUCCAAUUUGACGUAUAGUGAUCUAGACAAGCUUUCAAUAUCAAAUAUACCCAUGGGAUCUCAGAGAUUCUGGACUCACUUAGUAAUGGCUUACGCUUUCACCUUCUGGACAAUGUAUGUGUUGAAGAGGGAGUAUGAGAUUAUUGCAUCGUUGAGGCUACAUUUUCUCGCAUCUGAACAUCGGCGCCCUGACCAGUUCACUGUGCUUGUUAGAAAUGUGCCUUCCGAUCCGGACGAAUCAGUUAGUGAACUUGUGGAGCACUUUUUCAUGGUCAACCAUCCAGAUCAUUACCUCACUCAUCAGGUCGUAUAUAACGCCAAAAGACUGUCAGAACUAGUCAAUGAAAAGAAGAAAAAUCAGAACUGGCUUGACUACUAUCAAUUAAAGCACGCGAAAAAGCAGUCUCAGAGGCCAAGAAGUAAGGGGGGUUUUCUUGGGUGUUGCGGCGAGAGUGUGGAUGCAAUCGAUUUCUAUUGUUCUGAAAUGGAAAGACUUUCAAAGGAGAUUUGUACAGAGAGAAUGAACACUAUUGGCAACAGCAAGUAUAUUGUGCCAGCUGCAUUUGUUUCCUUCAAGACAAGAUGGGCAGCUGCAGUUUGUGCACAAACUCAACAGUCGCGGAACCCGACCAACUGGUUGACUGUGUGGGCCCCGGAGCCUCGCGACGUCUACUGGGAUAACCUGGCAAUCCCAUAUGUUUCACUUACCAUCAGAAGGCUCCUUGUUGCCGUGGCAUUCUUCUUCCUCACGUUUUUCUUCAUGAUCCCGAUUGCUUUUGUGCAGUCUCUUGCUAACAUUGAGGGAAUUGAAAAGGUUUUUCCUUUCCUCAAGGUCAUAAUUGAAGCGAAAGCUGUGAAGUCUGUCAUCCAGGGAUUUCUCCCCGGCAUCGCUUUGAAGAUUUUUCUAAUCUUUCUACCCUCAAUACUGAUGUUCAUGUCCAAAUUUGAAGGGUUUAUCUCCAUAUCAUCACUUGAGAGAAGAUCUGCAACAAGAUAUUACAUUUUCCAGUUCAUCAAUGUUUUUCUUGGGAGCAUCAUCGCAGGGACUGCAUUUCAACAAUUGAACAAUUUUAUCCAUCAGUCUGCAAAUGAAAUCCCAAAGACAAUUGGUGCAUCCAUCCCAAUGAAGGCAACCUUCUUCAUCACAUACAUAAUGGUGGAUGGAUGGGCUGGAGUUGCCGGGGAGAUUCUGAGGUUGAAGCCUUUAAUAAUAUACCACUUGAAGAAUUUCUUCCUGGUGAAGACCGAAAAGGACAGGGAAGAAGCAAUGGCUCCUGGGAGUCUUGGGUUCAACACCGGCGAACCACAAAUCCAGCUUUAUUUCCUCCUUGGCCUUGUUUAUGCCGUUGUGUCCCCUAUUCUCCUUCCUUUCAUUGUAGUGUUUUUCAGCCUAGCAUACAUCGUAUAUCGCCAUCAGAUCAUCAAUGUGUACAACCAAGAGUAUGAAAGUGCAGCAGCGUUCUGGCCAGAUGUGCACGGGCGCAUUGUGACUGCUCUUAUUGUCUCACAAUUGCUUCUUAUGGGAUUGCUUAGUACGAAAAGCGCUGCUCAUUCAACGCCGCUUCUUAUUACACUCCCAAUAUUGACAAUAUGGUUCCAUCUGUUUUGCAAAGCGCGUUACGAACCAGCUUUUGUCACAUACCCCUUACAGGAGGCAAUGAUGAAAGACACGUUGGAACGUACGAAGGAACCCAACUUGAACCUGAAAGAGUACCUUCAGAAUGCGUACAUCCACCCGGUGUUCAAUAGUGAGGGCGAAGUUGGCAACGAAGAUAAGGAAACCACACUUGUUCCAACGAAGCGCCAAUCCAGUAAAAAGAGUCAGUCGUCUCGUCACCUUUUGUCCGUGUCCGAGCUUGACCCUACCUCACAGGCAUAGUAUUAUUUCUUCAUUAGCCCUCAGGCAUUCAUUCAUUCAUUCAAGAACUAAUGAGUAUGUUCCGGCGUAAAUAGUAGCCUUCACCCACCUUAGAUGUUCACCGUAUAGCUAGCUAGGCAGUUCAAUCAAAUUGAUUGAUCACCGGGCUAAUUGCCAAGCAAUUGUUUCUAAUUGAAUCCAAGUGCAACAUUUGCUCGUUUAUGGUAGCGAAAAUGUGCUUGCAACCUGAUUACAACUUUAAACUUUUUUAUAUAUUUUUCAUGAGCUCAUAGUUGUAUCAUCUAUUUUUACAAACCUCAAUAUAUAAAAUCGUUUUAUGUACGAAAGGUCGAAAGUUCAUAAAAUAGACAUAAAUCU